AUGUUUUCCGCCUUCGGUUUUCGGGGUGUGACAACUUCCAAUAACGAUUUUACGGACGAGGAUGAUGAGGAUGAUGGGUUGGUGGUGGUGGAUAGAGAUCGGCGUAGCUAUGGGUCUAAUACUUCGAGUUCUAAUGGCUUAAUCGAACUUGGUUCGCACCAAGAAUUGAGAGUCACAUAUGUUUCACGUGGUUUCUUUUGCUUAAGAGUGAUUAUUGCUGCUAUUUUUGCAGUCGUGGAAACUAUGGUUAAUGAAGGAUCUUAUUUUGAUGAGGCUCAAUUUGAUUCAAAGAUGAAAGAGCUAUUUCCAUCCACGUCACUUGAGUGGUCAAUACCUGAUAUGUACAAAGAUUGUUUCACAACUAUCACUGAUGCACAAACUAUCAAUGCAAUUAUUGUAUACUUUGGAUAUGCAAGAGCUGAUCGAAAGACUCAAGGACGUGAAUCCAUUGCAACUAAGCUUGUUGCAAAUCUGAUAACAGAAGCAGGAGCAGACCGAGUUCUUGCUUGUGAUCUUCACUCUGGGCAAUCAAUGUGGAAUCUGGAAACAGUUAUAACCUAUGGAAGUCUUCAUUAUUGGAUAUGGGGUCCUAAACUUCAUGUGGCUCAAAUUUUUCCUCAUAUGGCGUUACUUCCGAUUUUGGGCUCUGGUAAGUGGGAUUCAAGCCCCUGA